AUUUUCCAUUAAUUUUGCUUGGUUUUUGUUUACGUUUUCGAGCCACGCCAUGUCCAAUCCCCAGGAGGAGCUUUUGCCACCCAGUGCCGAGGAUGAUGAACUUACUUUGCCACGCGCCAGCAUCAACAAGAUCAUCAAAGAGCUGGUGCCCACUGUGCGCGUAGCCAACGAGAGUCGCGAGCUGAUAUUGAAUUGCUGCUCGGAAUUUAUCCAUUUGAUCAGUUCGGAGGCGAACGAGGUGUGCAAUCUGCGAAACAAGAAGACCAUCAAUGCCGAACAUGUCCUGGAGGCGCUGGAGCGACUGGGAUUCACCGAUUACAAGCAGGAGGCUGAGGCAGUUCUGCACGACUGCAAGGAGGUGGCUGCCAAGCGACGCAGGCAAAGCACUAGGCUGGAAAAUCUUGGCAUACCCGAGGAGGAGCUCCUGCGCCAGCAGCAAGAACUGUUCGCCAAGGCGCGCGAAGAGCAGGCACGCGAGGAACAGCAACAGUGGAUGAGUAUGCAGGCAGCGGCUAUGAUCCAAAAGCCACCACACGCCGAUGGCUCCAUCGCCAGCAAGCCCAGUGAGGAUGAUGACGACGACGACGAUGAUGACUACUAGUAGUUAUUUUUUUUUUUUUUAGCAUUGCUUAAUGUAAUUUUAAUCUUAAAAUAUAUUGCCAUAAGUUGAACUAUCAGCUAA